CUCAGAACCUGAGCAUGAACUUGCUUCCCAAGAUCCAACUCCGCAAGCCCUGCACAAGCCUUGAGAACAAACGGGUAUGCAUUGCGGGUCGGAUUCUGUACGGUUGGUACCCGGAUCCGAAAUCAUGAAAAGGAGGUAAAAGACGGGAAAGAGGACGAAGCACUGAGUUCGAUGGCGCCUCCCAAGCGUGGGAAACCGAAGGACGCCAGCACUGCUGCGGCGCCGGUGGCGAAGUUUCCGGCUUGUCUCCGGGCCGUACCACCGUGCACUGUUGCAAUCGCUGUACAUGCCAAGCCAGGAUCCAAGGUCGCCACCAUCACGGACGUUGGAGAUGAGGCUGUUGGGGUGCAGAUCGAUGCCCCGGCGAGAGAUGGAGAGGCCAACGCUGCGCUGCUGGAAUUCAUCAGCUCUGUCCUUGGAGUGAAAAAGAGGCAGGUUUCUAUUGGUUCUGGUUCAAAAUCAAGGGAAAAGGUUGUGCUUGUGGAAGACAUAACCCUCCAAAAUGUCUUUGAUGCUCUUAACAAAGCCUGCAAACAAGAAUGACAUUCACACGCUUAAAAGACGAAAGCAAUCUUAACAUCUCUUUAAUCAAGCGGAAAGCAACAGUGCCUGAAAAAAGCCUGUGUUGUCGCAAAUUAUGACUCGAUGUUGCAAUCAAUCAAGCAAAAUGUGAAGCACCAUUCAUUGGUUGCACAUACUUGUAUAUUUUUCUUAAUUAUCUUGUUAUAAAGAAGAGUUUGACAAUGAAUAUCAUCUUGUGUGUU